AUGGAGCGGGUUCGGUGGUAUCACAAUCGGGUCAAGGAGAGGAUGUUGGAGGAGGCGGUUCGGAUCGCGCCGAGCCGGGUGGCGCCGAAGCUGCUAGAUCUGGCGUGCGGGCCGGGGAGCGACAUGCUGAAGUAUGCGGGGACGGAGAGGUGGUCGAUCGUGACGUGCAACAUGGCGCUCCACUACAUGAUGCGAGACGAAGAGAAGUUCGGCCUGUUCAUGGAUGCGGUCGCGGGGGCUCUCGAGGUGGGAGGGGUGUUCGCGGGCACUCUCAUGAACGGCGACAGGGUGGAAAGGCUGGUGGGCCCGUCGGGGGAGUACGAAUCGGGUCUGAUGGCGAUCGCACGGCGGGGCGAGGAGGUCGGCGUGAGCAUGACGGGGCGUAUUACUUCGAGGACGGCCCGAGCCGAGAGGUCCUCGUGCGGCCGGAGAGGGUGA